UUCCGAAAAACAUCGCAUCCUCAUGUUAACGUCCACGUAUCGAAUUUUGUGUAAUUCCAAUGGUCACAGUUCCUCCGCGUGUCGGAGUUGACUUGCAAGAAGAUUGUCCAUCUUUUUGGGAGAUUGCAUUCGACCGGAUCGUUCUUCAAGACUCUGUGGGGCAAGGUGUCACUGCUCACGUUUUCGGGCCAUCCUGGAUGGGCAAUACCAGGUUGCGGUGAAGCAAAUCAAUGACAUGGACAAGUCCACAUCUUCAGAGAAGGAUUUACGCGCGUUUGAGCGUGAAGUACCGGUUCUCAUGAGGACUGAUCAUGAGAACUUGGUGCGCUUUCUUGGCAUUUCAUCUGCCACAGUUGGAUUGGCUGCUGGGCAGCUGGCAGACAGCAAAGGGCAGCGGAAGCAGGAGGUCAAGGCCAAAGAAGCUCUCAAAAAAGAACUUGCACAGCGGCUCUCCAAAGGAAUGCAGGCUUUCAAACGGGUGGAAGCCCUUGAGACGACAGAGGCGACUCUGCAACAACAGCUGGCAUACAACAACCGAAGACUGGGCCGGCUUGAAGAGGCUUUGCAAAAGGAGGAACAGCAACGUGACGAGGCUGUUAAGGAAAAUCUCCAGUUGAGGGAAGAGCUGCAGCAAGAGGAGAAAUUCAACAAAGAGACCUUACACAGAGUGGAGGCUUUGGAGAAGGUUCGCCUGGGCGACAACCAGUCAAAUCGAGUGGCUGUGUUGGAGGAUGAAAAUGCGAAAUUCCGCGCUGCCCUGGCUGGUGCUGCACGACGGUUAAUCAACUUGGAAGCAGAUGUGAGGAGCCAGAGGCUGCUUUCGACGUCCACCCCGAAAGUUGUCCGACAUCAGAAACAGCCAAUGCAGCCAGCAAAGUGACAGUCAAAAAA